AUGUCAGAGAAGCGCCCUUUUCCCGGUGACAGCCUAGACGAUGGCCAUGAUUCCAAACGACCCCGAUCAGCCCAGGCAUCACCAGCGCCGGACAACGAUGUCGAGCGCAAAAAGCGCGAAGUCGCUGAGCGCAUCGCCGCCAUGAAGGCUCGCAUGUCAAAUAGAGGAGGCCCUGCUGCGCCUACACCUGCUGCAACUCCUGCUGCCGCUCCUCCGUCAAGCUCGGCCAACGAUAUGCAAGCUCCCCAGCUCGCUGCUAUCAAGGCCAAAAUCGCACAAAGGCAGCCGCAACAACCUCCAACCGAUAUCCCCACACGUUCUGCCGCUCAGUUCCAAUCUCCUGGACUCGCGCCCUCUCCUCCCGUCCGAGAUGAUACUGCGGCACGCGCAAGAGGUGGUUUGAACGUUGGCUUGCAUCCAAGUCUGUUGGGUGGUCCGUCUAGGUCUGGCAGCAAUAAAAAACAAAAGGACGAACCCACAAAACACAACCCGUAUCUGGCUGGGGACGAUCAGAGAGCCGCCUUGCAAAAUGAACCAUUCUACGACCCUUCAUUGCAGAAACAGAAGGACCGCAAAUCCAAGCAGCUGCUCUUCAACCAGAAGGGAAAGUUCAUGGCACAGGCCGAGGCACUAAGACAACAGGCGAGGAUCGAACAGAUGGCCAAGGAGAUGCAAGAACAGGCACGGAAACAAGCUAUCGAAGAAGCCACCGAAAAGUCCUUCUUGGUACCUGCCCCACCAGAAAUCGAGUGGUGGGACGAAGGUCUGGUGACUGGAGGCAACUACGAGAAUCUCGAAGCUCCAGACAAGAUCAACAUGGAUGUAAUUACAAGAUACGUUCAGCAUCCCGUCCUACUUUCCGCUCCGCAAGAUGCCAACGUACCGGCUCCGAAGGCCAUGUACCUUACCAAACAGGAGCAAAAGAAGGUUCGACGACAGCGUCGCAUGGCAGACCACAAAGAAGAGCAGGCAAAAAUCAGACUUGGUCUCAAAGCCCCGCCUCCGCCCAAGGUCAAGAAAUCAAACCUUAUGCGUGUAUUGGGCAAUGAAGCAGUCAAGGAUCCUACCGCAGUCGAAGCUCGUGUCAACCGCGAGAUUGCGCAGCGUGCUGAAGAUCAUGAGACUGCCAAUUCUGAGAGACAAUUAACGAAAGAGCAGCGUCUCGAGAAGCUGGCUACUCAACAAGAAGCAGACGCCACUCUCGGUAUGAGAUUACUCGUCUUCAAGAUCGACAAUCUGAGUUACGGCAAACACCGUUUCCAGAUCAACAAGAAUGCCGAGCAACAAGCCUUGACAGGCAUCACCAUCUUCCAUCCCAAGAUGAAUCUGGUAAUCGUCGAAGGUGGUACCCACAGUAUCAAUGCAUACAAAAAGCUCAUGCUUAAUCGUGUAAAAUGGACCGAAAACGCCAUGCCGCAAAGCGUUCGCGAGGGCAACUCAGAAGCCAAUGCUGCAUGGCUGAAUGCUUUCGAUGAGGAUGGCAAGCUCAAGGACAAUGCCUUCAACAGGUGUCAGCUUGUCUUCGAGGGCGAGGAAAAGCAGCGGGCUUUCAAGCGCUGGAUGCCGUACAAGGCUUGCGAGACGGACGGUGAGGCCAAGGACGUGCUGGGCAGGUACAAGAUGGAGAAUAUGUGGACACUGGCACAGUCUCCAGCAUUCCAAUAA